CUAGAAUGCAGCUAUGGCUUUUUCAGUCCUUUCGUCGGCAAACCCCAUCAUUAUCCCCAGCUUUUCCAUUCAAACUUCCUUCUUUCCAAAAACAUCUCAACUUUCCUUAAAUAAGAAGAUCAAAAGGCCUCACUACACCGUCCCUAAUAAAGUAGUGUCAUGCAAAGCCACGAAUAAUGGGAACCAAAACCCUACUCCUAGUUCCAGAAAAACGAAUGAGACUACCUAUUACUACUCACCAACAGCGACAAAGAUCAUAGAUUUCAAACCACCUCCAUUUUCCAAGCUACGUUAUAGACGUCCUGCACAUUUAGUUGAUGCUGACUACUUAGCUGAAUUUGCCAAGGCCGUGAAUCUCAUGAAAGAUCUUCCUCCUGAUGAUCCACGUAGUUUCAUGCAACAAGCAAAUGUUCAUUGUGCCUAUCGCAACGGAGCUUAUGAUCAAGUAGGUUUCCCCGAUCAAGAUCUUCAAAUCCAUUUCUCAUCGCUCUUUUUGCCAUUCCAUAGGAUGUAUCUUUAUUUCUAUGAAAGGAUUUUGGGCAAGUUGAUUGGUGACCCAGAUUUCGUCAUGCCAUUUUGGAACUGGGAUGCCCCUGCAGGCAUGACUAUGCCUGCCAUAUAUGUAAACCCUCAGUCUCCACUCUACCAUGACAAGCACAAUGUUAGCCAUCAGCCACCAAAACUGGUUGAUCUUGAGUACAAUGGCACUGGUAAAGAGAUAACAGACGAAGAGCUAGUACUAAGAAAUCUCAAGGUCAUGCACAGGCAAAUGGUGUCUGGUGCAAAGACCGCUUCUCUUUUCCAUGGAAAGGUGUACCGUGCUGGUGAUAAACCCAGUCCAGGGCCAGGUUCCAUCGAGGCUGGUUGUCAUACAGCGAUUCACAUGUGGGUUGGAGACCCUAGAGAAGAAUAUGAGGAAGACAUCGGAAAUUUCUAUUCCUCAGGCAGAGAUAUGUUGUUCUACGCUCAUCACGGCAAUGUUGACCGACUGUGGUCGAUUUGGGACAAAGUACAAGGAACGAUGGGAGAACAUAUGGAUGACAUAAAUUAUCUUAAUGCUGCGUUUUAUUUUUACGAUGAGAAUGCGAAUCUUGUUCGUGUUAAGGUUAGUGAUUGCCUUGACACUAAAACUUUGGGAUACGAUUAUGAACCAGUUGAAAUUCCAUGGCUUAGAACUAAGCCAGUUCCUCGAAAGCUUGGCAAAAAAGGAGGAAAGGGUCAUGGUCAUGCAAUGGCAGCAGAAAUAAAGAACAAAAACAUUAUACGCAAUGUAUUCCCGAUAUUUUUAGACAAAACAGUGAGCACUGAGAUUCCAAGGCCAAAAAAAUCGAGGAGUAAACGUGAAAAAGAAGAAGAAGAAGAAGAAGUGUUGGUGCUAGAAAGCAUUCAGUUAGAGCGAGAUGCUUCAGUGAAAUUUGAUGUGUACAUUAACGAUGAGGAUGACGAGGCACCUAGUGGACCAGAAGAUGCAGAGUUUGCAGGGAGCUUCACCAAUAUUCCUCAUAACCAUAAGCACGGCAAGAAGUUGGAGACAUGUUUUUCUUUGGCAAUAUCAGAUUUGCUAGAGGAUUUGGAUGUUGAAGAUGAUGAUAAUAUUGUGGUGACUUUGGUGCCUCGAAGAGGUAAGGGUCUUGCUACGGUCGGCAACAUCAAGAUUGACUAUAUCCGAGAAUGAUCAGUUUCUGGCUUCUUUCCUUGCUUCCCUAUCUACGUACUUCAGGGAAAAUUUUCCUUUGAUCCUUGCGUUCUUCAGAUCGAUCCAAUCGAUCACUUGUUCCCUUGUUUUUUAUGUUAAUAUGUCUCUAAGUAUACAUAAUGCCAUUAAGUCUACGACCAUAGAACCUUAUAUGGCACGUUCUCAGUAAGGAGACCUGUUUGGAUUUUA